UGUUGGGGCAGCUGAGCCUAAAGCCAUCCACAACCACAGAGUUCUCUCUCACUCCUGCUAUGGGGGUGAUUGGAGGGAGAAAGGCACAUCAUGACCGAGUCUCAGUAUAAAUGUUUGGAGCUGUUGAGCAAAGACGUGCUUCACAAUAAAACAGGCUCCCACUGCAGCAGGUUCUGGGAUGGCUGGCUGUGUUGGGAUGAAACGCCUGCUGGAUCGUACUCUUCUCAGAGCUGUCCAGCCUACCCAGCUUUCGACACCUCAGAAAAAAUAACAAAAUAUUGUGAUGAAACUGGUAAUUGGGCAGAUAGUCCCUCUGUUAAUAAAACUUGGUCCCACUGUCUCAGGCUGUCAAAGGACAAAUUAAAGAAGGGGCUGGCUUAUGGUGUCUUAGAAUUAGAGACUGAUUCCACAGUGGAGACCUUGGUCAGUCCUGUGGCCACACAGAAAGUAGAAGAGAGGAAGAAAAUAAUCGAUGGUCAAUAUAAAUGUUUUGAAAAAAUGAACAGGGACUUGCCGUACAACAAAUCAGGUCCAUACUGUAACCGUACUUGGGAUGGCUGGCUGUGCUGGGAUGACACACCUGCAGCAACGUAUGCAGUUCAGAAUUGCCCCAACUAUUUCCCUGACUUUGACCCCACAGAAAAGGCCACAAAAUAUUGUGAUGUGACUGGAAACUGGUUCCGCCACCCUGAGACAAACAGGACUUGGUCCAACUACACACUCUGCAUUGCCUACACUAAGGACAAGUUAAAGAUGGCUUACAUUCUGUACUACAUGGCUCUCGUGGGUCACGCUUUAUCUAGUGCAUCUCUGCUCAUCUCUCUGGCUAUAUUCUUUUACUUCAGGAGUAUAAGCUGCCAAAGGAUAACCUUACACAAGAAUCUUUUCUGCUCCUAUGUGCUCAACUCAGCCUUCACUCUUAUCAACCUCAUAUUUGUGGUUAACAACCCUAAAGUGGUGGAGAGGAACCCGGUUGGUUGCAAAGUUCUGCACUUCUUCCACAUGUACAUGCUGGGCUGUAACUAUUUCUGGAUGCUGUGUGAAGGGAUCUAUCUGCACACACUCAUUGUGGUGGCUGUCUUUGCUGAGGAGCAGCACCUUCACUGGUAUUACCUCUUGGGCUGGGGAUUUCCCCUGGUGCCUGCCUCAAUCCAUGCCGUGGCAAGGAAAAAGUAUUUUGAUGACAAUUGCUGGAUGAGUGUGGAGACCCACCUGCUGUAUGUGGUUCAUGGACCUAUCAUGGCAGCUUUAUUAGUGAACCUAUUCUUUCUGCUGAACAUUGUGCGGGUCUUGGUAAUGAAACUCCGGGACACCCACCGUGUGGAAUCCAACAUGUAUAUGAAAGCUGUGCGAGCCACCCUCAUUCUUGUGCCUUUAUUAGGCAUCCAGUUUGUCAUAUUUCCCUGGAGGCCAGAGAAUCGUUUGGCUGGGGAAGUAUUUGACUAUAUCAUGCACAUAUUACUCCAUUACCAGGGAUUGCUGGUGGCAACAAUAUUCUGCUUUUUCAACGGAGAGGUUCAGGCCACCCUGAAGAGGCAGUGGAUGCAGUACAAGGUACAGUGGGGUCAGCGUCGGCGUGAACACUGUUCCAUGCGCUCUACUUCAUGCACCACCACCUCCAUCACAGAGGUGCCUGCAUUCCCGUUCCACCAUGACUGCACCAGCGAGCACCUGAAUGGAAAACAUAUAAAUGACUCUGAGCUAGUGGCCCUCAAGGUCAGGGAGACCUAUGCCUGAGCCACAGAACACAGGAGGAAUGGUUUAGAAACACUAUUGGAUGGGAUAAAGCAGAAAAGAAGGAGACCAAGGAAAGUAGAGACCCCAUUAAUUUAGAGAUUACAACAUAGAUAUGGUCCUUGCAAGUUCUGUGACUUGUAACAAUGUGUACAUGUCAACAGUAUGACACCCAGGUGUUGUGUAUUCGCAACAGUGUCUCUGUUGAGACAUGUUUUAAGA